AUGGACUUAGCUAGACGGUCUAUCGCCAUAGCCCAAGUGCUUUGCGAGCCCUAUGUAUUCCCCUUGGAUCCAGCGGAACUGAAGGACUACAUCCUAGGCAGGAGAGAAGAAGCCAAAGGUAUUUUGUUUCAAUUACAACCUUCUUUAGUCCUGUAUGAAUACCAUAUGAAUGCAGCGAUUGAGUUCGCAACAAAGAUCGGCAAUAGAUCCCACCCUGCUUAUCCCAAAGAGUUUGUUGCUCACAGACAACUUUGGGCCGAGUUUAUCCGAAACCAGCUCAGAGAGCUUAUGACACAGACUGGUAACAGUCCCACAUCAUCGUCUCUUGAAGACGAAACACAAGGAGAUGGCACCUCCUUCCGAAAUGCGUCAAGCAUCGAUAUAGUCAAUGAAGACAACACUCAGAGGAGCAAGAGUCCUCAGCAACAAGCCGUAGCCCCCACUGACGAGGACAACACACCAAAAGCAAACCGAACAAACUUGGAUGACUCGUUCUCCACUUUCAAAACCCCACAAACCACUGCGAAAAAACCGAAAAGAAUACCAAACCAGUAUGUGACAACAUUCAAGAAAGAUCGUAACUUGAAAUGGGCAAAGUGCUCAUUGAGUGGUAUA